UAUUAUCAUUUUAUUAUCAAUGUUAUUCUUUGAAGACUAGAAUCUCUGCUAUGAAAUCCAGAUAACUCAGGAUAUCAUUAUCUUUGCAAUCUGAUCGAACUUUCGAGACUUGAUAAUAUACGUGAUGAGGAGUGGGAGGGUCUGUUAGUUCUUUCUUAAUCCUUCCUCAGACACAGAGUUAAGAGAAGAUUGAGGCUAAGAUGGCAGAAAUAACAUUUGCAAUUUUAACCGUGAGCGAUACUUGUGCAAAGGGUGAGAAAGUGGACACAAGUGGUCCCGCAUUGAAAGAACUUAUUAGCGACACAAGCACCAAAGUAGGAAAUAUACUUAAAGGAAACGUCAUUUGCACAGCAAUUGUGCCAGAUGAUAAAGAUACGAUAAUGAAAUACUUAAUUUCUCGGAGUGAUAAAUACAAAGCAAAUGUUAUUCUUACCACUGGAGGAACUGGAUUCUCUAAGAGGGAUGUAACACCUGAAGCAACUAAAAAAGUUAUUAAUAAGGAAGCUCCUGGAAUGUUUACAGCAAUGUUGAUAGCAGGCUUGGAAAAAACAUCAAUGGCUAUGCUUUCUCGAGCUGUAUGUGGAAUACGAAAUAAGACCUUAAUUAUUAAUCUGCCUGGUUCACGUAAUGCUGUGGAAGAAUGUUUGACUGCGCUUGCACCUGUGAUUCCGCAUGCGGUAGAUUUGAUCACAGAUAGGAAAGCAUUAAUUGCAGAAACUCAUAAAGUUAUGGAACACACAGAAUCAUCUUUAUUAAGUCAACACGCUGGCCCUAGCACUGUGACGCUUUAUAAAAAUGUAGCACAACGCCACAGACAGUCUCCGUUUCCUAUGAUUUCGGUGGAAGAAGCAAUGGAGUUAAUACGUAAAAAUGUACCAAAAGCAGAGACCGAAGUUGUGAAUACGAAAGAUGCAUACGGCAGAAUAUUAGCCAAAGAUGUAUAUUCCUUUUACGACUUGCCGCCAUUUAGAGCUUCCAUUAAAGACGGAUAUGCAGUAUUGGCAAGUGAUGGGAAAGGUAGAAGGAAAGUGUUAUGUGGUGUAACAGCAGGAUCUGAACCCUUUUCAACUUUACUUAAAGCUGGCACGUGCGUGCGUGUAAACACUGGAGCACCUGUACCCGAAGGUGCAACAGCAGUUGUACAAGUUGAGGAUACAAAUUUAAUAUCAGAGAACUCUGAUAAAACUGAAGAAGAAGAAAUUGAGAUAAUGACCGAACCCGCGGUAGGGCAAGAUAUUAGACCUAUCGGUUGCGACAUAGAGAAAGAAAGCUUAGUUUUAAAUGCAUAUACGAAUAUUGGUCCAACGGAAAUAGGACUUCUGGCCGCUUGUGGCGUUAAAGAAGUUACGGUUACGAAACUUCCUUCCAUAGGAGUGUUGUCUACUGGAAACGAGUUGCAGGAAAUUGGACAACGAUUAGAACCAGCAUGUGUUUACGACAGCAACAGAAUAACCUUGAUUACACUAUUAAAAGAGAACGACUUCACAGCUUUGGAUUUCGGAAUCUCGGUUGAUGAGGAAAUGGUUUUGAUAUCUAAAAUGCAACAUGCUUUACAAAAGGUAGAUGUGCUUGUGACAACAGGUUCUGUGUCAAUGGGCGAUAGAGAUCUACUAAAGCCUAUUUUACAAGAAUACUUUAAGGCCACGAUACACUUUGGUCGCGUGAAUAUGAAACCAGGAAAGCCAACGACGUUUGCAACGUGCACAUUCAACAAUAGACGAAAGUAUAUUUUAUGUCUGCCAGGAAAUCCAGUAUCUGCUGUUGUUACUGCACGUUUAUUCCUUUUAACUCUUUUGAAUGAAAUGAUUGAUAAUUUGUGGAAACCCAUCAUAGUGAAAGCUAAGUUAACAUCAUCGUAUAAGUUGGAUCCACGUCCCGAAUAUGCAAGAGCGAUUUUGGAAUGGAAUAACGAAGAUCUCCCAUUAGCUUAUAGCACAGGAAAUCAAAUAAGUAGUAAGCUACUUAGUUGUAAAGGUGCCAAUGCGCUGUUAAUGCUUCCAGGGCGAACAGAGAAAAAACGAAAAUUAAAUGAAGGUGAAAUUGUACCAGCGAUGUUGAUUGGAUUUACAUAAUUUCUGUCAUUUAUGGCAAGCAUGAUUAUUAUUAAGAAUUAUAUAUGUUUAGAUUUAUUGUUACAUAUUUGGGAUGAUAUAUAUAUAAGAUUUAUAAAAUAAGUCAGGCACA